AUGCUUCUCAUCACAAGAGACAAUCUCUACAACUCCAGUCUGUUAGCCAGCUUUCUUUGGUUUGGAGCUGGGUUUCACUUUUUUACCAUUCAAAGGACCAAAGCGGGGGAGCUUUUGGUCCCCAAAUCCCAACGACGUUCUCCCAUCUAUCCAACGUUGGUGGCCACGGGCCCCUUCUUGGGAGGAUUCAAUGGAGCUUGGGCAUUGCUGUGUGGAAUUUUACUAGGAAUUCGAUACCAAGAACUCGAUCUUUUUGAAGCACCAGGAGAACGAAUGGUGAUUCUGGGUGUAAUUUCGUCGGCUCACUUUUCGCAGUUUCUGGGCAAUGUCCCGAUCUUGGUGAAUGGGGAAAGAAGAGGAGAAACCUAUUGGCCGGUUCUAUCGGGGCAAAUGAUGUAUAUCUUUUUUGUGGAUCUGGUACAAGCGGCGUUGGCGGCUGUUGCUGCAGGGGCACAAUUCUUUUCAACAGAGUGA